AUGCUUUUGGAGUCUCGAAUUUUGUAUCGUCUUGGAAAAAUGGAUGCUUGCUUAGAUAUCUACCAGAAGCUUCAAAAGUCCAAGAUUGAUAUGUUGGGAAUAAAUUCUGUCGCUGCCUUGGUUAUGGCAGGUAGGUCAUCUGAAGUACAAGGAUGGUUGGAUUCAUCGCAGGUCAAAGCAACAAGCAGCUUUGAAUUGGCAUAUAAUACUGUUUGUUCUCCAAUUCAAAGGAAUAAGUACACAGAUGCUGAACUACUCUUGCUGUCUGGCCGAAGAACUGGUCAAGAGAGCCUGAUGGAAGAUAACUGGCCUGAUAAAGAUAUAGAAAUUGAGUUGUCUCCUAUUGUUGUACAAUUGGGCUAUGUCCAACAGCGUCUUGGGCGUAACCAAGAUGCAAUUGAAGCUUAUAUGGACAUGAUUAAACGAGAUAUGGCCGAUGAAUCAUCCACUGCAAAGACAAUCUCUAUCUGCCCAGCAGAUAAUUUUCAAUGCUUUAGGCUUCUGUAUAACUGUGGCUACAACCAUCAUUAUCACAGUUUAUGCCAGAGUCAGAGACUCCUGCAAUCAGAUGGCAACAGAUGGGACUCUCUCAUUCAAUGAUAUAUCAAAUGAAAUCUUAACUGUCAAACAUAUUAUCUUUUUCUCUGUUUAAACCAAGCCUCAACUGAUGACGGUAAAUUCCUUCUUGCUGCACGCAAGUGUCGGCGUGUAACCCACACUGACUAUAUCAUAUCUCUAAACCUUGAUGAUGUAUCAAGAGGUAGUAUCACCUAUGUUGGGAAAUUGAGAUCAAACUUUCUGGGCACCAAAUUUACCGUGUAUGAUGCACACCCUCCAUUUUAUGGAGCCAAAGUUGCAAAGUCUCGUUCGACCAAGCUAGUUAGUCUCAAGCAAGUGUCUCCAAGAGUUCCUGCAGGCGACUAUCCCAUCGUGCAUGUCUCAUAUGAUCUGAAUGUUUUGGGCUCUAGGGGACCUAAGAUAAUGCAAUGUGUUAUGGAUGCCAUCCCUGCCGCAGCUGUUGAACCUGGAGGCGAGGCCCCGACACAGACUCGUUUUCUUCACAGCAGAAACGAUACUUCUCCAUCAAUUCCAUUCUUCCGAUCAAAAUCAACCCGUGCAGAGAAUAUCCAAUCCAUUGUACCUUUGACUAGUCAAGACAAAGGAAUGAGUCAGCCAGAAUUAUUAAGAUACAUUCUUAACUAAUAUUUCUCUCA